AAGACUUAAAAAGGGGUUGUCAUAGCAAACAUUAGCAACAACACAAGUGAAUUUGUCGUUUAAUGUGAAAUAUAGUCACGAAUUAUUACUUUUGCGUAUUAAUAAUGACUAACAAUAUUUUUAGUAAUGGCCGCAUUCAACAACGGACGAUUGUUUCGCAGCGUUUAAGAAACGAUAAAGGAAAAAAAGCACCAGAAAUAUCAGCGAUAGAAAGCAACAAUUGGUUGUUGCAUCGACAUUAUACGCGACAUGAAUACAAAACUUGUAAAAUAUUAAUUGAUCAAGAAUUAAUAAAAUCAAACGGACAUAAUGAAUAUGCGAAUUAUUUAAAAGGUUUAAUACUAAGAAGAGAAGGAAAAAUUCAAGAUUCGUUAAACUAUUUUCAAACUGCUUAUAACGUCAAUUCAACGAAUAUUAAUAACGUGAAGCAAAUAGCCAAAUCAUUUUUGAUAAUGGGCAAUCACAAGCGUGCAAUCGAUGCGUAUUUGGAAGCUGAAAAAAUAUCGAAUAUAUCAGAUUGGGAGAUUUAUUUUAAUUUAGGUGAAUGUUACAUGAAAUUGAAUCAAGUAUAUGAAGCAAAAAAAUAUUUAAAAAGAUCGAUUGAAUUAACGAAAAAUGAACUACCUUACAUUGCACUUGCCAAACUUUGUCUUUUCGAAAAUCAUGUUACAGAGGCACAGAACGCUUAUACAACUGCUCUUAAUGAAAAUCCUGAAAGUAUAGAAGCUGCAACCGAAUUAGGACUACUCUAUCUUAAAAUUGGUGAUGUUCAACGAGCAUUCCAACAAUUUGGUACUGCAAUUGCUCAUUCUCCAAAUUAUGCCAAGGCAAUUCUUCCAGUAGCUUACAUAAUCCAAAAUCACCAAGAAUAUGAUGUUGCAUUGUCAAAGUACAAACAGGCAGCGCAAUCAAUUCCAGAAUCGUAUGUCUUAUGGAAUAAUGUCGGAAUGUGUUUUUAUGGCAAACAGAAAUUCGUUGCUGCUAUUAGUUGUUUGAAGAGAGCUCAUUAUCUCAAUUCCAUGGCCUUUUUACCCGCUUAUAAUUUGGGUAUGGUUUUUUUGACUACUGGUCAACCAGCCUCGGCCGCAAUUUAUUUGUGCGCUGCGAUUACCGCUGAUCCAAAAAAUUCAAUGCCAUACCUUCUACUUGGAAUCGCUCUGAAACGUCUAGAUGACUUGGAAGGUGCGGAGAAAGUAUUGCAAAAAGCUCAUGCUCUUUCACCGCAAGAUCCCUUCGUGUUAAUUAAUUAUGCGGUAAUAUUGGAGGCACAAGGUAAGGGAAAUAUAGCGGCCGAACUUGUGUCUGCGUUGAAUGAUAUUACGGCAGUGAUUGACGUGGACGAGCAGAUAACGCAGACGGCAAAGAAAUUGUCGAUGAAACUUCAACAGGAAAGAGUAAACGGUAAAGAAGAGGAAGAGACGAGGGUACUCAACUCGGACGAAGUUUAAAACGGAUUAUCAUCUUCUUGAAAACAAAGACUUUGCUCUGAAAAGAUUGUUUAAUCUUUCCUGUGUAUCAAAUUUUUUUCAUAAUCUUUAUUUUAGAUGUGAAUACUGUGAAUUAGCUUAUUAUAAUUCUAUAAAAGAAUACUUCAAUAGAGAUAUAAAUAACAAUGUAUACAAUGUAAUAUUAUGAAUGAUGAAAAUGGAAAUAACGAAGGAAUACAAAUUAAAAACAAUGAAACGGGAAGAAACCAAGAAAAUUGAAGAUGAUGAAAAUAAUUUUGUAUCAAGUACAUUUUUCAAAUAGACUACAUUUCUUUUCUCUUAUGCAUUAUCUAUUGAAUAUUUUGUCGCUUAGUCUUGCUCGUUUCUCGUUCCACGUGUCAAGGAGAGCCAGUUUCCUCAUUAAGUUUUUUCGGAUAACGCUACAUUAACUCUACUAGUACUUAUAAUUCCAACAGAUAAAUUUCGCCCAAAUCUAAUCCACAUUCAGGAGGACAGAUCGAUGAUUUACAUAAUUGUACACCUUCCGUGCAUGAAUAUAAUACGGUUUCCACUAUGAUUUUGAUUAUACCAGUUGCUACAUUCUGAACAUGACACGCGAUACGUUUAUAUACGACAAGUGGGUAUAAAAUAGAUUUAACAUUUGAUUACGUACUUUCAAAUGAUUAAUCGUUCAGGUGUCACGAAUGGUCAACAAAUUCGAUUCCCUUUGAUCCACCGAUUAGAAUUUUUUCUCGAUUGUUUUCGAUUGUAAUAGGAGACCGUUUUGUGAUAUGACAAUUGUUUGAUCGAACAGUUUUCAGAUUAGAAUAUCUACUAGAAGCGACAGGAAACUUUUAAUUUACCGACACAAAGAUAUUUACGAUAUUUCCUUUUACCUGAGAUAUUUUCAUUAGAUCUCGUAUUCGUCUUUAAAGGUAGAGAUUUCAAAGAGAGAAUUCCGGAUAAAGCUCGGAUAUUAACUCGGUCAGCAGAAACGUUUAAAAAUUAAAAAUAGAAAAUAGAAAUUUCAUUUUACGAAAAGAAACAUAUCCAAGUCCUAUUUUAUUAUUUGUUUCACACUGUAUAUAGAAUCUAAUAAAAAAUAAUAUACCAUAUAUACUUUCAAUUUUAAUGGAUUAUUUAAUGGAUUAUACUCGCUGUACUAGAUACUCGCGUGUUAUAUCAAACGAAAUUGGAAAGGGGAUGGAAUGAAAAAAAGUAAAACGAAUUAAUACAGAAAUUUAUUUAUUCAUAAUCUAUAAAUAAUUUCUCGUUUACAAACGAUAGGAAGGAUAGAUUUUCAGCCGGGCUCAAUAGCUAAAAAUCCAUCGGUCCUCUGUUUCUCGUACAAAAAGAAUCAUACGAGAAGAAACAAUUAUCACUGCAACUUUUCUCGAUGACGAUAUUUACAAAUUUCAUGUUUCAUUUACAACUCUAUAGAAAUAAUUACGGCCUUAACAUUAAUAUUAUAUUUACGAAUAAUUAUACUUACUUACUUAAUAUAUAUUUGAACAUAGGUGUACAUCUUACUUGCAUAUGUAUAUAUGCAACUCUGUAAUGAUUCGUUGUCCAUUAAUUAAUUAAUUAACGCAACAUCGUUUCCUUUUCCCAUCAUACGAUGUUGAUGAUUUAUCGAACGAAGCUCUCCAACGUAAUAUUUGUUUUACAAAUGAGCUUAUGUAAUCUCGGCGAUAUCUAAAUUUACACGAAAAUACACGUCACGCAAUAGUGUGUAUUAAUAAAUUGCACGAAUAUUAUUGACAAGAAUGAUAAAACAAAAGAGAAAUAAAUAUUGAUAAAUCUC